CCAACUUCGCCCGACAGGCGGCGCGCAUCGGUUGUUUUGGAAAAAUAGAAGUAAAGAACGGCGAUGGCGAUUUAGCAUUCGCCGAACGGUUAUAUAUAUUUUUUUUCUCUAGAGAAAACAAUCAGAAGUGAUGUCUUCGUCAAAUUUUAGUUGUUUUCGUUAAAGGGAAAAAAGUAUUUGAAAUGAAAAAGCAUGGAACAUAAGGAAGAGGAAGAAACGGGCAAUGAAAAUGGGUUUUCAACUCAAAAUACAGAAGCCAAUAAGCAAGAUAAUCUGCAAGGUGAAAGAAGCUUCGAACCCACAACUGGUGGAAGAUAUAAUCUUCAUCUAGAUUCUGAAAGUAUUGAAUAUUCGGAAGGUCGCAUUAAUUCUUUUGAAAAUACAAACCAAGAAAAAGAUAUUCUCUCUUCGACUGCUUACGAAUCGAUAAAUAGAACUUGUACUGAAAUAUCGCCACCUUCUCAAUAUCCACUUUCAGAUUUAGAUACCGAAAUUGAUCCAGAUAAUAGACAGGUGACUGUUGAAAGUGGUCUUCCUGAAAAAUAUUUUUUAGUUACAGCAAAAGAUGAUGUACCGAAUGAAGACUGCCAAUAUUAUGUUUUGUUAGAGCAAGAUGAUGUUUUAUCUGAAACAGAUCAAAAUAUAAAUGAAUGUUUUGAAAAUACUCAAUAUGAUCAAGAAUUACUUUUGGAAAAUUUGAGUAAAGUUUCUUUAAACCAAAAUGAAGAGAGUUUUGUUAAUAAAAACUACAACCGUUCAUCUCCAAUAUCUGAUCCGUCUAAGUCAGCUGUUACUAAUAAAGCUCCACAGUUUUAUUGGAAAGUCACUCAGCAAAGGAGAGAACCCAUGGGUAGUGAAAAUACUGAGAACACCGUGUAUAAUAAGGCAGCUUUAAUGGUUAAUACAUCAAAUAAUUUUGCAGAUAGAACUAAAGAAAAUGAUCAGGAUCAAUCUGGUAGUGUUGUGGAUGAAACAGUAUCACCUGCAACAUCUGCAAAUGUCUUUAGUGAUUCUGAUACAGCCAACACUGAUUUUAGAUUAAUACGUCCACCUUUGGUGGGGCAGUCAUCAGACAUCUGUCCCAAUAAUGUGUUAUCAAGAGAUACAAUUAAUAAGCAGCAUUACUCGUCAAAUAGUGACAGCACAAGCAGUUCGUCCAAUACAAGUCCUUUGAGUGAUGAUGAAUCUCUCCACAAACAGACAAAACCUAUUAGAAGAGAUAAUAGUACGAAUAGUUCAGUUUUAGCAAAGAAUCAAAGAGAGAAACUUUUACACAAUUGUAAUAAAUCUUAUAAUCAGCUGCAAAAUGUACAUAAUGUUUCAAAUUAUAUCAAAUUAAAUGCCAAUGUUGUGCCUAAAAAUGGAAAUUCUAUCGAGAAUGAAGAAAAUGUUCCCGGUGAUUAUAAAGACGACGUCGUAACCAGUCCAGCCAUUUCAGAGCCAUCAUCGUUAGAAUGUUUUCAAGAAGUGACAUAUCAAAAAAAAAUUUCACACGCUAAUACGAGAGACGAUGACAAAUAUUUACCUUUAAAAAAUCAUUAUUUUCUAUCAUCUGCACAGUCAGAACAACUAUCAACUAUCAAUAGUCUCGAAUAUAAAAACCGUCACCAGUCUACAGAUUCAAAUGACUUAGAUUCCGAAAGAUCCGGAUAUCAGAGUGAUAACAGAAUAAUAUCGCCAACAUCAAUUUCUAGCGUAUCUUCAAACAGAAGAUUAGAAUGGGAUAAUGGUGCAGAUAUUGGUUAUAAUGCAGUAAUAAAUGCUGAAAAGAAUGAACUUGUAAAUACAUACAGGAGUGAACCUGAAGGAAUACCAACAUUCAAGGAUAAUUUAAAAACUGUAACAACUUCUUCACAAUCAACUUUUAUAAAAGAUACAUAUAAGAAAUAUUUCUACAAGAGAGAUGUAAAAAUAAAUUCAGAUAGUACGAAACCUUUCUCAUUAAAUUCAGAUAUGUUAGAAUUAAAGAAAAACGUAUCUCUUCAAUCAAAUGAUGAAGAGGUAUGCAUGAAUCAUUUGCAAAAAGAGCAAACUAAUAAAAAGAGAUUGAUGUCUGAUAGGUCGAGUCAUUCAGCUGCCAUUCAGACAGAUUUGGGAGAUAUUACAAGGGAUGCAGAAGUUCAAGCGCAAUUGUCAGCAAGAAGUGUAGGAAGUCAGUCAUCUCCAGAUAGUUUAUCGUCAAGUAGUACAGUAAAACUGGUAAAUAAAGUCGGAAUUGGAGACGAUACAGACAGAAGAUCAUCCCUCUCAUCUCCUUUAAGUGAACCAAUUGUACCAUCUUAUUCUGGUUUAAUGCAUUUAGACAAAUCUCUUUUAAAAUCUAAAUCGGAUUCUUCCACGUUAGAUAUAUCAUCAGUCACUGUCUGUUUACAAAGAAGUCAAUGUUCGAGUGUGGACUAUAUUGAAAAUUCUAAUCAUGCUAAUGUGAAAGAAUAUGAGAAUCAACCAGUUACAGAUAUAUUAUCACCAGAAGCUGAAUAUAGCAGUACUGAAGAUAGUGAAGAUUUAAAUGAACAAAAUAAAUCUGAAUUACCUCAGGUAUUAUUAAAAACAAAUGGGCAUUUUGGACAUGAAUUACCAGGUUCGUUACUGCUUAGAGGUAUAAAAUUUUCAGAUAAUAGAGAAUUUUCUCCAAAUACAAACUUAAGCAAAAGUUUAUCUGAUUUAUGCACUAACACAAAAGAAAUGUCAUCAUCCUUACCGAUGUUACUUCCAGAAACCAUCCUGCCACCUAAUAUAACAGAUAUGUCUUCCCUUCGCAUGUAUCUCGAAGAAAGGUAUCAAAGCAAAACAUCAAAAGAUCAGACUUCCAGUGCUUCCCGAGAUGAAAACAUCUUAUUACUCGAUGAAAAUUAUGAAGAAGGUGAUCUAAAUGGAAGCUUAGUAGCAGAUGGACCAAGAAUUAGAUGGUAUCCGGUAACUGGAUCAGAACUGCCUCAAGAUAUUCGUGAUGCUGCCACUCAAACUGCUGUAUCAUAUCUCACACAACAUGCCACACAUCAAACUGUAAGAAAUGGUUCUAUUGAUGUAGGAAGCAUUAAUUAUACCAUGUUAUCAAGUGAAUUAUUAUCUAAAAGACCAAUAACAAUCCCUAGUUCUUUAAAUGGAAAUUUUAUAGAUUCUAUUGCUACUAAUCAAAAACAAAUUAUAAGUAAUAAAUCUCAGUUAUUAAAUAAGAGUGACGUAAGUGAAAAAUUGUAUUUAUUAAAAAAUGGAGAUAUAAAUACAGAGGAAAUUCACAUAAAAAAUUUGAAACACAUUCCAACUCAGCAUCAUAAUCUUUCUAAUGAUGCUCUGUAUGGAAAAACUGAAUAUAAAGAAGCAUCAUCUCAAUACAUACCGGAUAUAGGGAAGAGUAUUAUAGAAGGAAGAAGAUCUAAUCAAGAUACCUUCACACAGUCCGAAGAUAUAAAAUCUAAACACAAAGGCAACACAAGUCAUUCCGACAGUGAGAUGUGUGAAAAUAAGAGCAUUAAAUCAUCGAAGACAUACACAAUUCCCCUUCACCUUCCACCUCUGUCUAAAGCUAAUGCAGAUAAAAUUAUAACUUCUCAUCAAGCAGUGACAGUUUCUGGAAAUAACUCUUCAAAUCUUAAAAAUGCAUCUGAUGCAAAUUCUAUAUUAAUUAUUGGUACAAAAUUACCUUCUGCUACUGAAUAUCAGUCGUCAGUGCCUAAUAGUUUUCCAAAAUUAGAUAAAAAGACACAUCUUAAUCAUGUUGAUUCGACAAAAAUACAUGAAUUCAACGAUAACAUCAUUCAAAAGAAAAGUAUAUUUACAAAGGUAACACCUGCAACAAAAUCUAUAGUUAUGCCUAUAAAUACACACACAAAUUAUAAGAAAGAAAAAUCUAAUGAAGAUUUAAAAGAAAAUGAACAUAUGCAGUGCAAACUUGUUAAAUAUGAGAGUUAUAAAAGAGCGGCAAGUUCCACUUCUAUAAAACCUACAAGAGUUAUGAGUGGCGAGACUUCUGCACAACCAACAAGUUCAACAGAAUAUUCCAGUUAUUGGAAGGUGGUGACAGAAGAUAGUAAGUCACAUAUAAAUGAAUCAUCUACUCCGUCAACAUCAAAUUCUGAACAUUUCGGAACCAUUUCUGCCUUAACUUCAGAAGAAAAGUCGGUAAAUAAUUUUGGUUUAAGAAGAACAUCAGAAUUAUCAUCACUUGAUGAACAUCAGGCUAGACCAAAAACAAAAUCUUUAAUGGUAGAAAUUAAGAAUAUCUUGUCUAAAAGAAAUAUUUCCAGUAAUAUAGUACAAAAAUAUGCCAUUCCUAAUGAUGAUAUGAAUAAAACUUUAGAAGUUCAUCAUCAUACAAUGCCAUCAAUUCAUAGUGAAACGACAAUGGAAAGUACUCAUACAGGAUCUGAUGAUGCAGAACCACCUCAGUUCCCUCCACAUGCUUAUGGAUCUCGUUUAAAUGUUGAAGUUCUCUCUCCAGGAAUAUAUGGAUCUAGAAAAUAUUUAGAGAAAUAUGGUAAAGUCUGUAUUUCUGAUAGGACAGCAAAGCACGAAAAACCUAAUCCUUUAGAAAGAGAAAAUGUUGAAAAAAUAAAAAAAGAUUCAGAUGUUAGUUAUCAUGCAGACAGCAACAAACAGCCAGCUUUUAAUUUAAAUCAUGAUACAUCGGACACAAGUAACGGUUCUCAGUAUGUGACGAGUGUUCGAGAAAAACAGUUUUGGAGAACUGAAGAUCCUGCCAAUAUACUGAAUCAUGAAAAUCACAGAAUUCAAGGAGUCGGGCAAGAAACAUCAUCAUCAUCGAUUCAAGGACAAACUUCUUCAACUCAAGAUCAGUCUUCAUCUAUCAAUGUGAAUUUUUCGUUAGAGAAUUCCUCAUUGAGUAGCCAAAAGAAAUCAAAUGAGGAAAUAUCUAAAACCGAAUCCUCUGAAACAAAUGAUACAAAUUUGGUUACUCGAAUUACCAGUGCAGAUUUUGGCAUAUCUAGACUCAAACCAUCCCAACUGGCAAAGAGAGAGCUUGAAAAAUUAAGGCAUCUUGUAAAUAAACAGAAACGGAGUUAUAUCCGACGUCUCCAAAGAGAAGUGCAGAGGUUAGAAAAAUUUGAAGAGGUAUUUCUAUCAGAAUCUUUAAAGCAUUUAUCGACAUCAUCUCAUACAUCAACAACAAAUGGAACUAGUCUGGAAAAGCUAGAUAAAAUAACAAAAAGAAAUGGUAUUAAUUUGAGAAAUGGUUAUUCAGUUCACGAUUCUAGUUAUAGCAUUACUACUGAUUCUGUUUUGAGUUCAAGUAAUAACAAAGAUUUGACUGUUCCAAAGACUAAAACUAGAAAAGUCUUUACUAAAAAACUUGUAAAUACAUCUGUAAAUACUAGUCAAGUAUUAGAGCAAGAUCAUCAGACAAAACAGGAUUUCAGUCAAAAUUUUCCUACUCCUCAGCCUUCAAAGGAACUUUUAAAGGAGAGAAUGACAAGUAUCGGUAUUCAAACCAUAGAUGUAAAACCUAUUGGAAAUAAUAUAGUCACUUCAAGACUUUCCGACAGAUGCUUUAUAACUUUAGAUACCACUGCUAAUGUAAACAGAAAGCAGGAUAAAAAAUCAUACAGGUAUAAAGAAAAGGCUUAUGUUAGAAAAAGGAAAGGAUCUAGUCAAACAGCCCCAAAAUAUGUACAGCGAAAUAUAGCGUGGUUUGUGCCUCUUUCAAGUGCCGAAAGAAAAAAACAAUUACUAUCACUGGGAAGAAAUUUUCCCGGGGUCAGCCUUCAAGAAGCAUUUCACUCGAAUUGCGGACAUGUAAUCAGGCAUUCUCGGUCCAGAUUAAUCAAAAUAGCUAAACUUGCUGACAUUAGACAGAAACAAACCGCACUUAAUCUAGAAAAAGCAAAACUGACAUCAGAAUUAAAUAAUCAGAAAACAGAACAUAAACUUAAAAUAGAAGAAGAGAAAAUUAAACCUUUUACUCAUGAAGAAAUGAGAGAGCAAACAGAAAAGGUAUACAGGAAAUUACCGGAAGUUGUGGAAAAGAAAGAAAAGAAGAAGAGAGAUCAGCAGUAUAAAACAAAUAGGUUGAUGGCACAGAUAUACAAUAAAAAAUUACAAGAACAAGUUUUAAAAGGUAAAGUAAGUUGGACGAUAACUCAAAGUUGUUUAGACUGCAACUCAUAACGCGUCCGGAAUCUCAUCUUCGUUACAUAUCAAUGUGUCAUAAUUUUUCUCGUUUUCUUCCCCUUAACUUAUAAUAAGUAUGCAAACUCAAACUUUUUGUACAAAAAAAAACAAAAACAUUUUUUUACAAAUUCUUUCUACAUCAAAGCUUGUUAAACUUGUAAAGCAAUAAUUAAAAUCCAAAUCACUCUUGCAUUGUACAUAUUCGACCCAUCGGACUGGCUUCGGCGCGGCGUCCAACGUUUAAAAGAAGUGAUAUAUUUUUAAUAGAUAUAUAUACACAUUAUACAUAUACAUGCGUGUGUCCUUUCGACCAUAUCUAAUAUCCGCAGCAUUCUAUUUUAUGAAGAGGUUAACAAACGAAGGUGCUGUAAAUAUUUUUUAUCAUGUUUAUUUGUACAUAUAAAAAUUGUUGCUGUUGCUUAAUGUACAAUUAAAUUAAAAAAGAAAAAAAAAAAAGGUUUAAAUGCUUUUAUAUUUAUGUGAAAAUUCAAGAAUAAGCUUGGAAAAACAAAAAAAAAAAAAAACAGGAGAGUUUUGAAAAUAACAAACUUUGUACUUCAGAU